AUGAAGGAAAAAAAAACAAAAAAAUCAGUCAAGACUAAGAGCAACGAUCAUGUUAAUUUGAAGGUGGCGGGGCAGGAUGGUUCUGUGGUGCAGUUUAAGAUUAAGAGGCAUACACCACUUAGGAAACGAAUGAAAGCCUACUGUGAACGACAGCGUUUGUCCAUGAGGCAGAUCGGGUUCCGAUUUGACGGGCAGCCAAUUAAUGAAACAGACACACCCGCACAGUUGGAAAUGGAGGAGGAAGAGACAAUGGAUGUGUUCCCGCAGCAGACAGGAGGUGUCUACUAA